ACUAUGUGGCGGGUAGCACUUUUAUUGUGCGUGAUUUUAAUGGUUACUCAAGUUUUGAGUUUCCCCGGCAUGAAUCGGUCUGAACACGAUGAUCAUGAGGUCACCUCCAGUCCGCACGAUGUGGCGGAAUCUGGUCACGAUGAGACUGGGGAAGGUCACGGCGACGGUCACGGUGAGGGUCACGGAGGUGAGCCCAUCACGACACUGCCGAUCGUGUCUUGGAAGUGGAGCCAUGUUUCGGUUCCGUACUUGGUGGCGCUGUGGAUUUUGGUCUCCUGGAUCUGCAAAUUGAUAAUCGAAGCCAACCAUCACGUUACAAACAUCAUCCCUGAAAGCGCCCUCCUCAUCUGUUUCGGCUUCAUCCUUGGCGGCAUGAUUUGGGGCGCUGAUAAAGUGCAGACCUUCAAGUUGACGCCGACUGUCUUCUUCUUCUACCUGUUGCCUCAAAUCAUCCUGGACGCGGGUUACUUUAUGCCCAAUAAGUUGUUCUUUAGCAACAUGGGGACCAUCCUGGUCUACGCCAUCAUCGGGACUUGUUGGAACGCUGCUAGCGUGGGGCUAUCGCUUUGGGGCUGUCACAAGGGAGGUGCCAUGGGUGAUUUGGACAUAGGGUUGCUGCAGUAUCUUCUGUUCGGGAGCCUGAUCGCGGCUGUGGACCCGGUAGCGGUUCUGGCUGUGUUCGAGCAGGUUCACGUCAACGAGGUGCUCUUCAUACUAGUGUUUGGAGAGUCGCUGCUCAACGACGGUGUGACAGUGGUACUCUUCAAUGUUUUUGAUUCAUUUGUCUCCCUCGGAGGAUCCCAAAUCGAUGCGGUGGAGAUAAUCAAAGGAAUAAUUUCCUUCUUCGUGGUUGCGUUUGGCGGGUCUCUACUUGGCAUGGUCUUCGGUUUGCUUCUCUCACUUCUAACCAGAUGCACGAAAAACAUUCAAAUCAUUGAGGCGGGCUUCAUCUUCGUAUUAGGGUAUCUCUCCUACCUCACCGCUGAGAUGCUGUCGCUCUCCGCCAUCUUAGCAAUUGUCUUCUGCGGCGUCAGCUGCCAAAAGUACAUCAACGCAAACAUGGACGAAAGGUCCGUCACGACAGUCCGAUACGCCAUGAAGGUGCUCGCUAACGGAUCGGAAACAAUUAUAUUUGUUUUCCUGGGAAUCUCCGCUGUGGAUAAGGAGUUGUGGGUUUGGAACACUGGUUUCGUUCUUCUCACGCUGCUCUUCAUCUUUGUGUAUCGUUUCAUUGGCGUGUUUUUCCUGACGUGGAUCAUGAACAAGUUCCGAUUAGUGCCUUUGGAGGUCAUCGAUCAGAUUAUUAUGAGUUACGGCGGACUGCGAGGGGCGGUCGCCUACGGACUGGCAGUCAUGCUGGAUCAAAGCAAGAUUAAGGAGAAGAAUUUGAUGGUCUCCACUACUUUGAUUGUUGUUUAUUUCACGGUCAUUCUUCAGGGUGUUACUAUGAAACCGCUUGUCACUUGGCUUAAAGUGAAGAGAGCUGCAGUAUCUGAUAUCACACUGAUUGAAAAAGUGCAGAACAAGGUUUUUGAUCACAUGCUCGUCGCCAUCGAAGACAUAUCCGGGCAAAUCGGACACAACUACAUGCGAGACAAGUGGAGUCAUUUUGAGCAGAAAUAUAUGUCCCGAGUUUUAAUGAAGCCGUCCGCGAGGAAAAACCGUGACUAUGUCUUCAAAGUUUUCCAUCAGCUCAACCUGAAGGAUGCCAUGAGCUAUGUGACUGAGGGUGAACGCAGAGGAUCCCUGGAGUUUAUCCGCAACGAAUCUGCGUUUGUCGACUUUAAGAAGAAAUACGGAGACAAAUUCUCCGAGGCCAUGCCGGACAUCAUGGCCGACAUGGCAGAUGAUCGGGGCACCAUGUCCUCCAUGGGUCGAGAUCCUGUUCCAUCCAUUAGCUUGGAAAUGCAUGAACAGUCUAUAAAAGGUGUAAGAGAAGCAGAAGACAUCAGUAGCCACCAUUUGUUGCAGCAACACUUAUACAAAGGCAGGAAACAGCACCGUCACAGGUACAGUCGCAGUCAUUUUGAGGUCAACAAAGAUGAAAACGAGGUACAGGAGAUCUUCCAGAGGACGAUGAGAAGUCGCUUGGAGUCCUUCAAGUCUGCCAAGAUGGGAGUUGCGCCUCCAAAGACGAUAACGAAACACCAGAAGAAAGAUCAGCAACAAAAGACAUCUUCUGGAAAAUCAUCUGAGAAAAGCAGAAGCUCCCAUUCUGGCGAUGAAGAUUUUGAGUUUUCUGAAGGCGACAGCGCAUCCGGUUACGAAGCCUCGAGAGAUUCGCUAGCAAUGCGGCUAAAUUACACCGUAGGAGCCGGGAUUGAGAAUCCAGCCUUCAUGCCGGACCUGGAUUUGACGGCACCAAUGCAAAUCCCGCCUUGGUUAGAAGAAGCCGAGCUAGAUAGCACCACGGUGGCGCCGUCACAACGCGCCCAAGUCCGACUUCCGUGGACGCCCAGCAACCUGCGCCGCCUAGCGCCGCUACGUAUUAGCACUCGCUCGACGGACUCCUUCACGCAAGCCGACGAGGCCGUUUCGGACGAAAAAGACAAAGAAUUCCGGCCGCCAUCAACGCCGUAA